CAGCUACAGCCAGUUUAGUUUUUGCCUCCUCCUCCAGCAUCCUCACCAGCUGCGGUGCGACGCGCGCGGUAGUGGAAGCGGUGCGUCUGCGUUCGCGUCACGGUGUCCUUCUGCUCCACGUUGCCUGUCUUGUAACCACAUUAUCAGCCAACUGAUUCUACACUCUAAGAAGGAGAGCGCGGACAGCAGCAAGAGGAGAUAAAGAGAGAGCAGAUAAAGAGAAGAGGAGAGGAGAAAGGAGGAGAAGAAGUCGCUGGUGUGUCUCCACUGAGCCUCCGCGGAGAAUAUGCUGAGAAUAGUGUUGGCUGUAGUCGCUCUGGGACUGAGCGCUGCUCGCAGCAAAGUAAAUAAACACAAGCCAUGGAUUGAGACGUCUUACCAUGGGGUGAUCACUGAAAACACUGACAUCGUUCUGCUGGAUCCUCCUCUGGUGGCUCUGGACAAAGAUGCCCCCGUCCCCUAUGCAGGGGAGAUCUGCGCUUUCAACAUCCAUGGACUGGAGGCUCCGUUCAAAGCAGUGGUGCUGAACGGUACGUCCGGUGAGGGUCAGCUGAGGGCCAACGGCCUGGUGGACUGCGAGUUGCAGAAGGAGUAUACCUUCAUCAUACAGGCUCAUGACUGCGGCUCAGGUCCUGGGGGAACAGAGGGCAAGAAGUCCCACAAGGCGGUGGUGCAUAUCCAGGUCAAUGACGUGAAUGAGUUUGCACCUGUGUUUCGAGAGCCCCAGUACCGUGCAGCGGUGACGGAGGGAAAAAUUUAUGACAGCAUCCUGCAGGUGGAGGCCACUGACCAGGACUGCUCCCCACAGUACAGCCAGAUCUGUAACUACCAGAUAACUACAAGUGCGACGCCCUUUGCUAUAGACCGCAAUGGUAACAUCAGAAACACAGAGAAGCUGAGCUAUGACCAUCAGCAGCAGUACGAGAUCCUGGUAACGGCUUGGGACUGCGGCCAGAAGAGGGCGCUGCACAGUGUCCCUGUUAGCAUUGAUGUCAAGCCUGUCUGCAAACCUGGCUGGCAAGGUUGGAAUAAACGAGUGGACUAUGAGCCUGGGACAGGAAGUAAGCAGCUGUUUCCCAAGAUGCACCUGGAGACGUGUGGCGGGCCGCUCUCGUCAGUGAGGACCACAGUGGAGCUGCAGACAAAUCACAUCGGGAAGGGCUGCGACAGAGAAACCUACUCUGAGAAAUCUCUACAGAAACUCUGUGGAGCCUCCUCGGGCAGCACUGACCUUCUCCCUGCCCCCAGCGCCACCACCAACUGGACGGCGUCGCUGGUGACUGACAGCGGGAGGGACAGCGACUUGAUUUUCAGGUUUGACGGUCGUCAGGCAGCAAAAAUCCCAGACUGGGUGGUUCCCCAAAACCUGACUGACCAGUUCACCAUAGCCACGUGGAUGAAGCACGGCCCCAGUCCUGGACUCAGAGCUGAGAAGGAGACGCUGCUCUGUAACUCUGACAAGACUGAGAUGAACCGUCAUCACUACUCACUGUACGUCCAUAACUGCCGCCUGGUGUUCCUGCUGAGGAGAGAAUUCACUCAAGUGGACACAUUCAGACCAGCCGAGUUCCACUGGAAGCUGGAACAGAUCUGUGAUAAGGAAUGGCACUACUAUGUCAUCAAUGUGGAGUUCCCAGUGGUGACACUGUAUGUGGAUGGUGUGACCUUUGACCCCUACCUGGUGACAGACGACUGGCCCAUCCACCCGUCACAGAUUGAUAUGCAGUUGACAGUCGGGGCCUGCUGGCAAGGCGGGGAGGUGACCAAGCCGAGGUUCACUCAGUAUUUCCGGGGCAGCCUCUCUGGACUGACCAUCCGACCGGGGAAGAUCGAGAGCCAGAAAGUCAUUUCCUGUCUGCAGGCCUGCAAAGAGGGACUGGACAUCAAUUCCCUUGAGAGCUUGGAUAAGAGCAUAAAGUUCCACUUUAACCCAGCUCAGUCCAUCCUGGUAAUGGAGGGAGAGGACCUGGAAAACAUGAACACUGCCGUCAGGAAGGUUUCCUACAUCAACUCCCGCCAGUUUCCCACACCAGGCAUCCGACGACUGCGCAUCUCCACUGCUGUCCAGUGUUUUGGCGAAGACACGUGUAUCACCAUCCCCGACAUUGAGGCGGUGGUGAUGGUGCUGCAGCCGAGUGAGCCCAGGAUCACCAUCACUGGAGUGGAGAGACUGAGUCGACCGGCCUCCGACAUCAGAGCAAAUGGAGUCGUGCUUUUCCAGGACCUUCACAUCAUUAGCACGGUGACCAGAGCAGAGGCCACUGCACAACACACAGCACAUCGGCCUGGGGUGCUGGAGGAGAUCAUUCAUAACUUGGACUAUUGUGACAUCCUGGUCCUGGGGGAGGAGCUGAGACCAGAGCAUGAGUCUCUCCAACUGCAGCGAAGCACUCUGCUCGGAAAACACCUCGAUGCCACAAACUCCACCUCUGGCAUGUCCAUAUACGGUGUGGACUCCAUGUCCAACUAUGAACAGGUGAUCAGACAGGUGCGCUACUAUAACUGGAAGCCCAAUCAGCUGACAGAAAGAAGGUUUCGCCUCACCUGCUCAGAGCUCAACGGACGCUACACCAGCAACGAGUUAAACCUGGAGGUGAGUGUGCUGCACAGCUCAGAGGCCGAGGGACAUGUCAAUCACCUGGUGGCCCCGCCUCAGUACAUGCAGGUGGUCCACCAUCCAUCCAUGAUUCACAGCCUUUACCCCAGCCACAGCUCUGGUGUACCAAGUGCCGCCACAGUGGUUAUCGUGAUGUGUAUCGCCGCCCUGGUGGUAGUUGUGGUGCUGGGCAUCUACCGCAUUCACCUGAACCACCAACAGGAUGACAAGCAGGUCGAGAUGACCAGAGAGACGGACAUGACCUGGAAAGACUCAGCUCUCACGAUCACCGUCAACCCAAUGGAGAACCUUGAGGAGCCCCAGGCUGCAGAGGAGGAGGACGAGGCCAGCGAGGAGGAUGAGGAGGACAGUGAAGAGGAGGAGGAAGAAGACGAGGAAGACGAUGACAUCACCAGUGCUGAGUCGGAUGACAGCGAGGAAGAUGUGGACGUCCAGUUACCCAGGAUGCAACGCUCAAGCAGGAAAGGCCUAAACUGGGACAAAAAAACAAUAUGUUAUUGAAACACACACACACACACACACACAG